AGGCCAACUUCGAUUUCAUCGCAGAAAGACACACACCACUUUCUGAGAACCUGAGAGAUCGAGAUCAUGGAGAAUAUCUUCUGCUGCUGUGGUGGAAAAAGGCGGAGGAGCAAUGUUCCUCCGGAGGCGACGGAAACAACUCCUCCUCAACCACAUCCACCCAAGAUUCCAGUUAAUCAAUCUGUAUCCUCAGCCGCGACGUCGUAUUAUCCGCAGGGAACUAUGUCGAAGCCGUACGAUCAUCCGAUGCCGCCGCCUCGUGAUGUCGUGGACGAGAACCCCGUCACGAUUCGCAACGACACUAAUCUGAUGAAGGAGACUCUGAGCCUCGAACCGGACCCGGUUAACCCGGGUCGUCUUCUCGUUGCAUUCACGUUUGAUGCACUCGUCUCCGGAAGGAUCACAGUCGUUUUCUUUGCAAAAGAAGUCCCAGAGUUCCAGCUCACAGCAACAAAGGCAGACACUUUGCAGCCAAUCACAUUUGAUUUUGAGAAAGGACUUGAUCAGAAGUUCAUACAACCAUCUGGAACCGGUGUGGACUUAUCGGCGUUUGAAGAUUCAGAGCUAUUCAAGGAGGCAGAAACAGAUAUUUUCCCGCUGGCAAUUAAUCUGGAGGCAGCUCCAGAAGGAGGAAAGUCAUCUAGAUGCAUGCAGAUUACGCAAGUGACUUAUGUGAAGGAGGACGGUGAGAUUAAGCCAAGUGUGAUCAAGCAGUUCAUAUCGGUGAAUGGGACCAGGUAUGAGUUGCAGGAUAUUUAUGGGAUUGGGGACGCUGUUGAUGAGAAUGCAAGAAAGGAAUGCGUUAUCUGCUUGUCAGAACCACGCGAUGUGCUGGUUCUUCCUUGCAGACACAUGUGUAUGUGUGUCGGAUGCGCUAAGGAGCUAAGGUUUCAGACAAAUUUGUGUCCGGUUUGCAGACAACCUGUAGAGAGGCUUUUGAAGAUUCCGCUAAAAUAUUAAAAGCAGUGGAAGAAAUGGAGAUGGAGAUGAACAAAAUUAUUUAAGCAAUCAACUUGUGUUUUGUAAUAAUUAUGCAACAUUAUGAUCAUAUAUCUUUAUAUUCAUCAGAUCCUUUCAUAUUUUUUUGGUACUAUGCUCAUAAAUCCCAUUUGUGUUUUACUAAUUUAUAGGUCUAGUUCGGUUCGGUUUCUUUCAAAUUUGGUUAGAAUUGAACUAUAACUAAUUCUGAAAUCGCUCCAAAAUACUUCUAAGAAACUUUAAAAAUUAACAAAAAUACUCAAAGAUAUAAAUUAUUCAAAAAUGUAAUUAAAGCUAAUUAAACUACCUAAACUAACUAAAAGAUAUUCGAAAUAACGAACAUGAAAAUACCAAGCUCUUAAAUCCCAUUCGAUAUUUUUGUAUAACGGUUUGGGUAUGAGACAUAUUUUAUAUACACUAAAUAAUAUAAUAAAACUAAUAUAAAUGUUAAAUUUGAAAAACGAUUGUUAAUGUAUAUAGACUAAAAUCAAGUAUUUUUCUUAUUUUAUAAAAAUAUAUUUUAAAUAGAAAAAUCUAAAAAAUAAAACUUUUUGUAAAUUAAUAACUCUAUAAAUUAAUAAAAUACCAAAGUCCCAACAUUAUUAAUUUAUAGAGUUUUUACUGUCUUUAGGAAUAAAAAAAAAUUAAUAUCAAUUUUAUUUAUCUAUAUAUAUUAGAAGAAAAAUAAAUUAAAAUAUCCACUUAAACCAUAAAAUAUUAUUAUGGUUUGGGUAACUUGCCCUCUGGGUCGUACCAGUGUAAGAUCGUAUGUAUCUAAAUUUCUUAAAAAAAGAUUUUGUUAUAUAAGUGGUGGGAUACUUUCUAUAACCAAAUUAUUACAAAUUUAAAAUAUCAAAGAAAAAAACAGACUUUGACUUUGAAUGAUACGUAGUCCCGCCAAAGUCAAACUUUACACAAAUGUUUUCCACCAACCACACAACACAAUUAAUAUAAAAGCCGAACUUCGAUUUCAUCGCAGAAAGACACACCACUUUUUGAGUCUUACAUCACUCAGUCAUGGGGAAUAUCUUCAGCUACUUCACCACAGGAUGGGGAAGCAAUGUUCCUCCAGCGACGGAAACAACUACUGUUCAACCACGAUCACAUUCAGCGACAAAAACAACUACUGUUCAACCAAGAUCACAUUCACAGAGUGUAGUUAAUCAGUCUAUAUCCUCAGCCUCGAGGUCGUAUUAUUCGGCCCAUUCUUCCCCCAGAACAGAGUCGUAUCGUGGCGGAGCAAGGUGAGAUUAAGUCAAAUGUGAUGAAGCAGUUGCUAUUGGUGAAUGAGACCAGUUAUAAGUUGUAGGACAUUUAAUAAUAUCCAAACUUUAUGACAUGUAAUGUAAUAUUAUGCAACUUUGUGAUCAAACUCGUACUUUUAUUUUAUACAAUCCUUCUUUGAUAUAUAUGUGUCUUCUCUUAAAGUGCAUUGCUUCUUAUUUUUUAGUAGACAUAAAACAGCGAAGAAGAUAAGACAAACGCAAAGGCUACAUUCAUCAUAUUCUCAGGUCGCUUAAACACCAAUGCUCAUAAAUCCCAUUUGUAUUUUACUAAUUUAUAGGUCUAGUUCGAUUCGGUUUCUUUCAAAUUUGGUUAGAAUUGAACUAUACCUAAUUCUGAAAUCGCUCCAAAAUACUUUUAAGAAACUUAAAAAUUAACAAAAAUACUCAAAUAUCUAAUUAUAUAAAAAAAUGUUGGAGUCUCUCCUGCUGAGGACACGUCACUAAGUCACACUCUGUGAAGUCGCCAGGUGUCCUUUACCAUAAUACUCUGCGUUUCAUUUAAUAUUUUGUGGGCUAUGCUAUGAGGGCUUUUUGUUUUCUUUCCUGGGUCUUUCUUCGUAAUUUAAUUUAGUUAAAGUUCUAAUAACAACCGGAUAGAUAGAGACUGAUAUCACUACAAGAAUAAUGCCUAAUCUCCGACAGCCAUAGUUUCUCCGUAAUGAGUAUCUCCUACUACAUUCCGACAAUCAAAUUUUAGUUGGAGUUUGGGUCUCGGAAAUCUUAGUUUCUCCGAAAUUAGUCGGAACUCUGUAUUGAAAAUAUACCCGAACAUUCCGAUGAACUUCAGGAAUACAAUCCCAAUAAUUUUCCAAUUCUCCAUAUAAAAAAAUUAACCAUCAAAAUCCUAUAUAAAUAAAAAAAAGAAAUAAAAAUAAACUAUAUUUACUAUUGGUCGGUGUAAAUUGCAACGGUGGUGAGGGUUCCGGAUGCUCUCUCUUCGACAGCGUAGGUGUAGGGUGGAGUGAGCGGAAACGGCGGGGGAGUAAUUGCAGCGAGGGUUGUGGAAGUGCGGUGGUGGCGGUGCAAGGAGUUGCAAAGUUGGCGAUGAGAGAAGUUGCGAUUGUGACGGUGGCAGUGAAAAGGUUGCGGUAGUGACGGCAGUCGUGCAAAGAGUUGAGUGAGUGGUGGUGAUGUUUUGAGCGAUUCACAGAUCUUACUUAGCUAAAAAAAACUACAGAUCUGAAAGAGGCAUAAAGAAAGAGAGAAGGGGAAGAACGAAAGAGAAAAAAGGAAAAAGAAAGAAUAAAUGAAGGAUGCAAAAUUAGGAAAGGAGGAGAAGAAAAGAAAAAACAAUGACCUGCUCUUCGAUUC